AAAUUAGGGGGGAAAUCUGAAUGUGUCUGGAUCUGGUUGAAUUCUGGCGAACGAAAUGUUCAGACCGAGAAUCGGUUCGAAUGAUUCACUCCAAUGAUCUGACUCAGAAGAAUGACUCAUUCACGAAACGGACAUCGCUAAUUUAUAGCUAAGCCAACGCUUCUGGACAGAGAGCUGGUGCACCAUCAAGGUUGUGUAAAGAAGUGACAGGAAAAUAGCUAACUUCUGGAGUGUUUUGUUCUUGGUGGUGAUGUGACGGAGGGAAGUCUGUUAUUGAAUGAGCAAAAGAAUGAGCUGCAACUCGCGCCAUAAAUACUGAAGGACGAACCACUAUAGACAAAGCACAGCACUGGAUUUCUGAUUCUUCAGAAUGACAAAAGAGGAGGAAAACUCUGAAUGGGUUGGUGGUCAGGAAUUUUAUGACAAAUAUGAACCGAAGGAGAUCUUGGGAAGAGGCGUGAGCAGCGUGGUUCGCCGAUGUGUGGACAAACGGACUAGCCAGGAAUAUGCAGUAAAGAUCAUAGACAUCACACCAUCAGACAAAAUGACACCUCAAGAGAUACAAGAAGUCCAGCAGGCCACUGUGAAAGAGAUCGACAUUCUUCGAAAAGUGUCUGGACACAAAAACAUAAUUCAACUGAAGGAUUGCUUUGAAUCUAAGGCCUUCUUCUUUCUGGUGUUUGAUCUGAUGAAGAGAGGAGAACUCUUCGAUUACCUCACAGAAAAAGUGACCCUAAGUGAGAAAGAGACACGAAAGAUAAUGCGUGCUCUUCUGGAGGUGGUUGAGUAUCUUCACACCCACAAUAUAGUCCAUCGUGACCUGAAACCAGAGAACAUUCUGUUAGAUGAUGAUCUGAAUAUCAAACUCACUGACUUCGGUUUCUCGAUCCAGAUUGGGCAUGGACAAAGACUGAAUGAGGUUUGUGGAACACCAGGUUACUUGGCUCCAGAAAUCAUUGAGUGCUCCAUGGAUCCCAACCACACUGGCUAUGGGCCUGCCGUUGACCUAUGGAGCACUGGCGUGAUCUUGUACACUCUCUUGGCUGGAUCUCCACCGUUCUGGCACAGGAAACAAAUGCUGAUGCUUCGAAUGAUUCUCGCAGGGAAAUAUGAAUUCAGCUCUCCGGAGUGGGACGACCGCUCAGACACUGUCAAAGACUUGAUUUCCAGGUUAUUAGUUGUGGACCCACAAAGCCGUUACACAGCCACGGAAGCCCUCAAUCACCCAUUCUUCCAGCAGUAUGUGGUCGCAGAAGUUCGUCAUUUCAGCCCUUACAGGAAGUUCAAGGUUAUCUGUAUGACCGUACUUGCCGCUAUGCGUAUCUACUGCAACUAUCGUCGUGCCAAACCUGUGACCAAGGAAGUGAUCUGCAGCGACCCAUAUGCCAUCAAACCCCUACGCAAAAUGAUUGACACAUGUGCCUUUAAGAUCUACGGCCACUGGGUGAAGAAAGGGCAAACUCAGAACAGAGCAGCUUUAUUUGAGAACACUCCAAAAGUCAUUCUGCUCUCUAUUGCAGCUGACGAGAUGGAUGUAGCACAGAGGACUUGGUGAGGGUUCAACAUCUCCAAUUACAACUACAUACCACAAUUUACCUCAAGACCAUGUUGAUAUUGGUCCAAAAAUAUACCUCUAUUGCUAUGACAGCAUAUCAGACCCCCUUAUUUACACAGUGAGAUAGAAAUAAGUAAGAAAAUUACCUUCAAGAGCCUUACUUUUUUAAAUGCUAAAAAAAGUAAAAAUGAUACCUGAACUAUUUAAAAAAUGUAUGGUAUUAUUUAAUACAAUUACAUUUUAUUCUAUUUUGCAUAUAAGAUGUGGCAUAAAUGUUAUAUCUGAAUGACUUUAAUGAUUAGAAAACAACUAUAAGAUAGGUUAUGAUUUUAAUUUCACAGUGGAAAAAAGCAGAUAUAACACUGAAUUCCAGAAGUUUAUGUCUCCACAGGAGAAAUGUCGUAUAAAUCCCAUAAUGCACCACUGGCAUCAACAAUUCUUGAAUAUUUGGCUCUUAAAGCUCAGUCCUUUUCUGUUUUGCAUUUGAGCUCAUAGCACAGCGGAAGCCCAGGUUAUCAGAGGCUGAAUCUGGUGUGUUUCCCAUCCUGCAUGUGAGAACACAAAACAGACAUUUUAUUCAUUAUAGGUUUCUCAUAAAUUGCUUUGGACAACAGCUUUGUUGAUGGACCCCCUUGGGGUCAACUGGAACUGUUACAAGAAGCGCUAAUAAAAGUCUAAUAAAAGCUGACCUUGAAUAA